CUCGGCCGGCCCCCGCGCCCAGGCGGCUGCUCCCUGCUGACUGGGGUGUGGGCGGGGAGCGGCGGAGGCAGGAGGAGGCGCUGCUGGCCGCCGCCGUUGCCUCCGCUGCUGGGCUCCUGGGCAGCUCCCGGGGUUUCUGCGGCCGCCAUGGACGAGCAGGCGGGUCCCGGCGUCUUCUUCAGCAACAACCACCCGGGCGCCGGCGGUGCCAAGGGUCUCGGGCCUCUGGCGGAGGCUGCCGCGGCCGGCGACGGGGCGGCUGCGGCGGGGGCGGCGCGAGCCCAAUACAGCCUCCCUGGGAUCCUGCACUUCCUGCAGCACGAGUGGGCCCGCUUCGAGGUGGAGAGAGCCCAGUGGGAGGUGGAGCGGGCGGAGCUGCAGGCCCAGAUUGCCUUCCUUCAGGGGGAAAGAAAAGGUCAAGAAAAUUUGAAGAAGGAUCUUGUGAGGAGGAUCAAAAUGCUGGAGUAUGCUCUUAAACAGGAAAGAGCCAAAUACCACAAGUUGAAAUAUGGGACAGAAUUGAAUCAGGGAGAUAUGAAGCCUCCAAGCUAUGAUUCUGAUGAAGGUAAUGAAACAGAGGUACAGCCACAACAAAACAGCCAGUUAAUGUGGAAACAAGGUCGACAACUACUCAGACAGUAUCUACAGGAGGUGGGUUACACGGAUACUAUUCUAGAUGUGAAAUCUAAACGAGUACGAGCUCUCUUGGGCUUUUCAAGUGACGUCACGGACAGGGAAGAUGACAGAAAUCAGGACUCAGUUAUAAAUGGCACAGAGGCUGAAGUUAAAGAGACAGCAAUGAUUGGAAAAUCCGAGUUAACAGAUUCUGCCUCCGUGCUGGAUAAUUUCAAAUUCCUUGAAAGUGCAGCUGCAGAUUUCAGUGAUGAAGAUGAAGAUGAUGACAUUGAUGGAAGAGAAAAAAGCAUCAUUGAUACUUCAACGAUUGUUAGGAAAAAAGCAUUGCCUGAUAGCAGUGAAGAUCGAGAUACAAAAGAAGCCCUAAAGGAGUUUGACUUCUUGGUUACAUCAGAGGAAGGAGACAGUGAGUCUAGAAGUGCAGGCGAUGGAACAGAAUGGGAAAAGGAAGACCAGUGUCUCAUGCCUGAAGCCUGGAAUGUGGACCAGGGAGUAAUUACCAAACUCAAGGAACAAUACAAAAAGGAGAGAAAGGGGAAAAAGGGGGUGAAGAGAAAAACUACCGAAGAUCUGUUUCAGCCUCUAUCCUAUAUAAAACAGUCAAAACAGGGAUGUGGGAGAAUGAAGAAUCAAAGUUCAGGGCCCAAUAGGUCAAAACUACAAGAUAUGCUUGCUAACUUGAGAGAUGUUGAUGAACUUCCCUCGUUACAGCCAUCUGUGGGUUCACCUUCCAGACCCACCAGCUCCAGGCUUCCAGAACACGAAAUAAAUAGGGCAGACGAAGUGGAAGCAUUGACCUUUCCUCCUUCUUCUGGGAAGUCCUUCAUCAUGGGAGCAGAUGAAGCCCUUGAAAGUGAACUGGGACUUGGAGAAUUGGCUGGACUUACAGUGGCCAAUGAAGCAGAUUCACUAACUUAUGAUAUAGCAAACAAUAAAGAUGCAUUGAGGAAGACAUGGAACCCUAAGUUUACAUUACGAAGUCACUUCGAUGGCAUUCGAGCCCUUGCUUUCCACCCCACUGAGCCCGUUUUGAUAACAGCAUCAGAGGAUCACACAUUAAAAAUGUGGAAUUUGCAGAAAACAGCCCCAGCCAAAAAGAGUACAUCUCUUGAUGUGGAGCCUAUCUAUACAUUCAGGGCUCAUAAAGGACCAGUGCUCUGUGUGGUGCUGAGCAGCAGCGGCGAGCAGUGCUACAGUGGGGGUGCCGACGGACUGAUCCAAGGCUGGAAUACCACCAACCCCAACGUCGAUCCCUAUGACUCCUACGAUCCUUCUGUUUUAAGGGGCCCUCUGCUGGGCCACACCGAUGCUGUCUGGGGCUUGGCUUACAGUGCUGCCCAUCAGCGCCUGUUGUCCUGUUCAGCAGAUGGCACUCUCCGAUUAUGGAAUACAGCCGAGGCUGCUCCAGCCCUAAGUGUAUUUAAUGAUAAUCAAGAAUUGGGAAUCCCUGCGUCUGUGGAUCUAGUGAGCAGUGACCCGAGCCAUAUGGUAGCAUCGUUCAGCAAAGGAUAUACAAGCAUCUUUAACAUGGAAACGCAACAGCGCAUUCUCACUUUAGAAUCCAACCUAGAUACAACCACCUCUUCCUGUCAAAUAAAUAGAGUCAUCAGCCAUCCUACUCUUCCCAUCAGCAUCACUGCUCAUGAAGACAGGCACAUCAAAUUCUAUGAUAACAACACAGGCAAACUCAUCCACUCCAUGGUAGCCCAUCUAGAAGCUGUUACAAGUUUAGCAGUUGAUCCCAAUGGCCUGUACUUGAUGUCUGGGAGUCAUGACUGUUCAAUACGUUUAUGGAACCUAGAAAGUAAGACGUGUAUCCAAGAGUUUACAGCUCAUCGGAAAAAGUUUGAAGAAUCAAUUCACGAUGUAGCUUUCCACCCAUCCAAAUGCUAUAUAGCCAGUGCUGGGGCUGAUGCACUGGCCAAAGUCUUUGUAUGACACAAUGCAUCAUCUUCACCUUCUAGCUCUUUAUAAAUAAUCAACUGCACAAAAGAGAUACAGAAGACCAGGGCAAGAAUCAACCUGUCCUGCCCUUUUGUUCUGCCGAAGGAGCACAGAGAACAUUUGUUAAAGUAUAGUUUUGCAAUUCGUAUACUGUUUUCUAAAACUAAGGUUUGUUCUGGUUGCUGCAAGCUCAGCUGAAUCUGUGAGCCUGAAAACUGUUUCAAAAUUUCCCCCAAUAGGAGCUAUUAUUUCUGAGGUUGUUCUAAUUCGCUAGGCAGGCCUGAGCGAACAUAGGUUUAGCCUGUCCCUAUUGAGUAAAUAGGGCAUGCUAUAAGGGAUAAUUAAAAAGCUUGAUGACUGGGAAUGAUAGAGGAAGAACAGAAAUUUAGACCCAGUUCUCCCCUGAGAAAUCUUGUUAACCACAUUAGGUAGUCAAAACAGUAAUCUUUACCAUAUCUGCUGUACUAACCCCGAUGUGCAUAAUGAGCAGGCAGUGUUCAAAUGAGUUUUUAAUUUAGCUCUCCUUUCAUCUGUGCACAUAAAAGCACCUGGCAAAGCAUUUUACCAUUAGGGGAAAAAAAGAAAUGCAAUAAUAUGUUAAAUAUAUUAUUAUUCAAAAAUGCUAAACAAAUAUUUAGUUUGUAAGCAGAUUUCUAUAUUGUAUUACCUUUUUGAAAAUAGAUUUGGUACCAUUGUAAAGUUAAGCUGUCAAAAACAGUCACCAUUAUCAAUAGUCAGUAGAGUCUGCUUUUACUAAAGAAUUUAACUUAUUCAGGUUCAAGAUUCUGUUUAUUUUUAAGGGCAAGCAGGGCAUAUCUUGAUAAUUUCUAUUAAUUUUAAAAUUCACUUUAUUCAUGUGAUAUUUCUAGUACCAGAGUGGUUAUCUCAUAUUGAUGAAAUCUUACCUUUUAGUGGUUGAAAAGACAGAAGUUAUCUGUGAGUACUUGUUUUUCAAAAUCCACAUAACCAUGCUUCGGAUGACCUCUUGCUUUUUCUUUGUCUCUCAUAUUCAAAUUAUCUGACACCUACCAAAAACAGUUUAUAAUUACGUUUUGACAGCCCAAAGGGUAUGGUUAAUGUCAGGCAGCUGCUUUUGCAGUACUAAAUAAAACACCUGGUUUGUGCCCCAGAAGUCUUCCAUUAAUCUAUCCAAGAAGAAGAGCCCGCUGGAAAUCUGGACGGAAGAGUUCAGUGCAUCCCUUGGUUAAAGAGUUUUCUCUUUCCCUUCCCCUACCCCUCCAUUCUUUAAUUGGAGUACACAGCGUGUUUUAAUAGGCAGUGUGUCAGUAUCGUUUCUGUGGAAAACUGUCAUAAAGGACCAGGGUUCCUUGAGCUCACCUAGGUUCCUUGAGCUCACCUAGCCUGUGACCCACAUGUGACCAGCUCUUAAGAUUCCCAUGACCCCACUCUUUGGACCUAGUGUCUUCACAUUCUUUUGUUUGCCCCAAAUGUCAGAGACCAGUAUAGAAAUUAGGAAUAAAUUAUUAAUGCCCAACUUUUCAGCAAAAUGUAUAUAUAGUAGUUUUCAUACUUAAAAUCCAUAUCCAUAAAUGUUUUAAUCUUUUAAUAUAAUUCCUACAUUCCUCUCCCAACAUAUUCCAUUGUUGUAACAAUGACACUUCUGAUGAUAUGUAUAUUUACUCUGAAAAAGUAUUCUGGUGGUGAUAUGGAUAGUAAUUGACAAUUUUUCUUUAAAAUUUCUGCUUUUCUGCCUCUGGAGUUUUGCAGCAUACAAGCUAGAUUUGCCUGGUUGAUAGACAGAUAUACUUUAAUAUUUUGACACAGCUACCUUGUCAUUUCAUCUGUGCUUUGGUUCACAGUGGGCUCAAGGGACUCCUUUCUAUAAUCGAAUGAAUUGACCUGGACUUGAACUCCCAGGUGAAUGUUUAUAUUCCCAUGCAGAUAUAGAAGUCCACAUUGUGUUUGGUUCAUUCCUCUUUUUGGUUCUUCAGUGAGUAAAAAAAAAUGGUGUUGCUAACCUAACAUAUUCAUAUAAGUAUACUGGAAAAUCCAGUCGGGUGCCCUUACUUGGCAUGUUUAUGAUGGACUAAGCUAUUGUUUUACCACUUACUGCUUAAAUUACCUCGCAAGGUCUCCAGUGCCUGCUUUACUUACAUCACUGAAAUUCUCAAAACCAAGAAAGUCUCUUCCUUUACAUUUUAUACCUCCUGGUUGAAAUUUCUCCCUUCGUGAGUGGAAAAUGACCAUGAGAUAGGUAAACUGUGGUGCAGAUGAUGGAGCUUUGGAAGUUCUUUAGCCAGCCAGUGCCGGGCCAUUGGAGACCCUAGACAGAAACAGAUUCCUCUCCACUAGCACUGUGUGAUCACAGCCUAGAAAUGAGCCAAAGCUGUCUUCCAGCCAGAGAGAAGCAUAGACAUGUAUCUGCUUUCCCCGCCAGCCUAUCAGAAAUUUAAUCCCCCAAAUGAACAAAUUCAAGAUUCACACAGUCAUUGAAAUGCUUUCAUAGUGCUUGGUUUGUAAAUAUUUUGGGUGAAAUGUAUUGGGAGAGUAUGAAAAUCAGCAGGAGACAUGGUCCCUGCCUUAUUUUCAUAUGCUAUGAAUACAUCUCUGGGACUUGCAGCACCCUUCUCAAAACCCAGAUGUCAUAUGGAGCUCAUUUGCUACUCGAACCCUAGACAGGUAUUUAACAUAAGUGAUAUAAUGACCUUCAGUAUUUUUCUAUUGAACAAGUUUAGCGAUUUUUGCCAUUAAACAGAUAAUUAGUUAUGCAAAGUAUUUAGCUUUUAUAAUCAUUUUAGUUAUGACUAAAAGGGGGGAAAUUAUGCUGCAUCACUGAUAAUGAACUUUGUGAAAAAUUUUUGUUUAUCUGACUUUCAUUCCUUCAGUAUUCUUGCUAUAAAUUUCUUUUGGAGAUAAUGAUAAAGAUUUAUUUGAAAAUGUCUAAAAUGUAUGUAUAUUUUAUAAAUAUAUAUUAUAUAUAUUGUAGGAAUAUAUAUAAUAUAUAUAGACUAUAUAUAUUAUAUAUAUAUAUUAUAUAUAUAUAUAAACCAUAGGUGCAUUUUACUGUUUUGUAUUUUCAUUCUUAGAGGUCGUGUACACCACAGGUAAUGAUGAGUAUGAUGAGUGUUGUGCUGUUUGCUUUUGCAGUAUAAUAUAUAGUUCUAAAUGUUUCAAUUACUGUAUAUACUAUAUUCAUUAUAGGCUAGCAUGCUUGUUUUAAAGACUGUCAUUCUAGUUUAUUAAAAUCUGAAUGUAAGAAAACCUGGCUAUUCAGAUGUGAAUUGAAAAAUAUUCCAUUCUCAGUACUGAACUAUUUCCAUUGAACAUUCAGGAUUUUUUUUAACAAAACAGAUAUCAUCAAGAAGGCAAUAGCUAGAGAAUGAGAGGUGCCUUUAAAAUAAAAUACAAAUGCAGCCUUACAGUGAGGAUGAGGAUUGAGCUGGGGGGGGGGGGGGGGGGGACUAUGGCAGAGAAAGAUUGAGAGACAGAGAGAGAGUGAAUGUGUGUGUGCGUGUGUGUUUGCCAGUCUGUGAAGAUCCUGAUUUGUGACCAUCAAUGUCUUUUCAGUGUAUCUGCUCAACUUCUAGGAUUUCAAGGGACAUUUCAUGCACUGUCUUCGUGCUCUUCUGAGCACCACGUGUACUUUCCAAGGAUUUUGAAUGUGAAUUCCUAGAAAUUUCAGUAGACAGGAAAAUAACUAUUCUUUCAUGAUAGUUAAGUUCAGGUAAAAGGAGAAAUUAUUGAUUCACCAAAAUUAUGGGAUCUUCUAAUGUUGGCUAGGUAAUUUUGUAAAAAUGUAAUUUUUAAAGGCUUACUUUUUUAGUACUUCAUAUAUUUCCCUCUUACACAAGAGCAUGCCAUGAAAUUCUUCUGUGAUGAAGAUCCAACUAGUAAAAAUUGUUUUUAGAUUAAACACCUGAACUAGUUAAAAUACCACCUAAGAAUAGUGUUUAAAUGGCAUCUUUCAUAUCUACCUCGUUGUCAUUGCUGCCAUUUUAAUGAAAGCAAAUCUUUAUGACAUCAGAAAUGACUGGAUGCAAUUUCUCUGUUGGUGCUUUUCUCAGGCUUUGUCAUUUAAGUUAUAUUGAACUAAGAUGUCACAAAUCAGAUUGAAAGACUCAGAGUUUUGGUUUUCUUUUGAAAGAACUGCUUAAAAUUUAUCAUCAGUGUUGAUAGUGAGUGGAUAUAGUUCAACUCUGGUUAGUAUACGUCUGUGAUAUUUUCAACCAAGAGCCAAACUGUUACUGAAUUUACAUGGAAAAAGAGCUCUAAGUACAGUUUUCUUCAGCUUACUUUAUUCUUUGAAAGCUAUUUCAAGGCUAUUAAGUACAUAAUCAUUAAUUUUAUGUACUCAGAAGUUGCCUUUGUUACUGUUACUUGUUAUUUAUAUAAUUGCAGUACUUUAUGUGUUUGACACUGGGAUUCAGGUUGUAUAAAAGUAGUAGCUGACUGAAAAUUAUAUGUAUAUUUUUGUGAAAUGUAUCAAUUCCAGAAGUUCCUUUUAGAAGAAGGUCCAGAAAACAUGUCCAUCUUUAAAAACAAAGGACAGGUCAUUGGUAAAUGAUUUGAAUCAUUUUUACUUUCAGCACUGGAAGCUUUUUAAUUGGCCGUAUCCAUCAUCUAGCUGGACCUCCAUGUCAGUGUAAGGGACACCAGAUUGACAAAGUAUUUAGCAGAUUGCAUCAGUUUUGUUUUUGUUUUUCUGUUUUCGUUUUUUUUCUUAAUCGGAAAAAAAAAAAAAAACCACAAAAAAACAAAAACCAAAAAACUAAUCUAGGCCAAACAGAGAUCCCUAGAUUCCACUUACUUAUUCUAGCAGUAUUCCUGAAGUGGUGCUUAGGGGUCAGAAUUUUCUGGAUCUUUGCUAGUUAAGCUUUAGAUUUGAUUUAACUGGGACCACGUGGUUGCCAUCCCUGUGAUGCAAAUUAAAAGUUCAUUUUAAUUUAGAUUAACUUUAAUGUCUGCCUGGAUUUUUAACAGGCUGUGAACCAGUGAGUGCCUUGUUAAUGUAGAAUGAUCUUCCCUGGUUGUUAGCUCCUUUCUGAAAAUGUCUCAGAGAAUGGUAUUUUAGUUGACUUGUACAGAGCUGCUAAGUUCGGUAUUAUCAGCAGUCAGAAAGCCUUCAGUCUACCAUGUACCUCCCUCCCUACUUUCUUCUCAUUGUUUGGCUGAAGUUUGCCUCUUGUGAGAAACAAAUUCGACCCCCCUCUCCACACGCUUUUUUCAAUCCAGAUUAAGAGGUAUUCCCUACAUGCAUUCCAACUGUAUGAUCUAAUAUCUGUUUUUAGGAGGAACCACUUCUUUGUAAUCCUGAAAUCUACUGGUUACUUUACGUCCUUCUUAACUUCAGUUUACUAGAGCUGACUCCAGGGCAUCAUCAGUUUAGAUUCCUACUAACUUCUUUUCUCCACCCCCCCCCCCCCCACCUUCUCCCCCGCAACUGGUGGGCCCUGGACCAGAUUGUUUGAUCUUCAGGUAUUUUUAAAUUUAGUUAUAAUAUCAAUUAAUGUAAAUUAAUCCAAAUGCUAAUUUUUGUGGUGCAAGAAGUUUCUUUUGUAAAUUCAGGGUAUGGAUAAGCUAAUUAAGAUAUCUUUAUUUGGUGGCUCUAAGUGUAUUAUUUGUUUUUAAAUAAAGUGUACAAAUAUAGAUAAUGUGCUA